GGGAAGGAGACACAAGGCUGGUCUUUAAAUGAGACAGGGUGGUGGAGGAGGGGAUUGUGGGAGAUUAAGAGAGCUCUGUUGUGUGUGUUGUACACCACAAAGCACUGCAGGAUGUUUGGUGAGCAGCAUUCUUGUUUGGGACCAGGACAGAGCCAGUAGGAGGAACUUAAACUUGGCUGAGGACACCGGCGACAGCAAUGAAAUUGUUCCUCGACAGCCUCGGGAUUGAGGCACUGAGAAGCAGAUAAAUAAUUUGGUGGCAUUCACUGAAGCGAUACGACUUCAUAAGAGAAAGAAAGCUGUCGUAAGUUGGACUUUAUUGUCAAUGGGUAGUUUAUUUUGGGUCCAUGGUUCUUGGGGUUUUUUCCCACCAAACCCAAUUGUGUAAAGGAUCAAACAAGGAUAAAUUGCUCACUUUUCAGAAGGGGGCAUAACCUUUUUCACAUUUUGAUAGGUUUCCCUCCAUCAAGAGAAUCAGCUUUAUUUGCAGGAAGCGAUUGCGGAUGAUGAUCAACUUUGAGUCAUCUGGUACUAACAAAGAAGAUUUAUCCUCCUUUUAAGAUAGCUGGAAAAAAUUGAAACCUAACAGGUGCUGACUUCAAGAAAAAUGAUCUGCAUGGCAAAUCCCAUUCCUAUCCUGGUGCUUCUCUGUCUCAUUCACUCUACAGAGGAGACGUGCCCGUCCAUGUGUCUCUGCACAUCUGACACAGUGAGCUGCAGCUCCAGUGGUCUCACUAAGCUCCCCAAGUUGCUGCCCACGUUCUCCAUCACCCUCGACCUCAACCACAAUCAUUUCUCCUGGCUGCGUGCUGGCAGCUUCAGCAGAAUGUCCAGGCUGGAAACACUCCGGAUGGCCCACAACCAGCUGACUGGCUUAAUGUAUGGGGUAUUUGAAAAUGCCUCAAGCAUAAGAUAUCUUGAUUUGUCUUCCAACAAGCUCAGAGUGGUGGAGCAGCACUACUUCCAUGGACUGUGGAGGCUGGAGGAGCUUAUUCUUUUUAACAAUAAAAUCACACAGGUGGAACCUGGCACAUUAAGCAGUUUGAGCAGUUUGAAAAAAGUUUACUUCAGCCUCAACCAGCUCACAAACUUCCCAUUUUUUUCCAUCCAAGACCACAGCCAACCUUUUCUGACCAUGCUGGACCUCUCAUCCAACCAUAUAACACGUCUGCCAUGGGAGGAUGUAAAAGCAUUGCCGAGUUUAGUGCAGCGGGGGCUCUUUCUCCAUAACAACUCUUUUAUUUGUGACUGCUCCAUGUACAGUGUGUUCUGGCACUGGGAUCUUAGAGGGUUUGACACGCUCAGGGAUUUCAUGGAAGAGCACACUUGCAGCAUCUAUGGAGACCCCCGAGCCUCUAUCCAGUUUCUGCGACAAUCUCGCUUUUUCAACAACUGCAGCGUGGAAAAAGCUGUCUCGCAACCCAUGACUGUGCUCCUCUCCAAGGUGUUUGUUUCAGAGGGACAGAGGGUGAAACUGGAUUGCCAAACAUUCCUGACCAGCACCAAUAUCUCAUUUACUUGGCUCUCUCCCAAACAGGGCCUCAUCACCCAGUACAACAUCAAUGAUGCUGCAAUGAGAAUGUUUGCUAAUGGUACCUUGGAGAUUCAAGCAGCCAAGGUCAAUGACUCAGGCCUGUAUCUGUGUACAGCAAUGGAUAUUAUACAUGAACUGAAUGCAACGAGAGAAAUAAAUGUGACAGUGCUCUUCCCUGCAGCAGAGCCAUUCAACACAGGUUACACAACACUGCUUGGCUGUGUGGUGACCGUGGUCCUCAUCCUUAUAUACCUCUACUCAACACCAUGUCGAUGCAGCUGCUGUAAACAGCCCAAACCCCCAGUCAUUUCUGCCGCAGCAUAUGAUCCUGGAAACUUAACUUCAGUUUUUUCUACCUGUACAGGAGACCAGCAGAAAAUCCACAAAAAUAAGCAUGUGGCAUUUUUGCAGCCAAUGUUGAGUGAGCAGGGAUUCGAUUAGAAAUCUGAAAAUUGAUGGGGAAAAUAAAAGACUAAAUGCCCUUGCAAAAGCGUUUGGAUUCGCUUGUUGGACACCAUCUUCCUUUGCUAGACAUAUUCAGCUCCAAAUAUGCUUUCCUUCUUUAGAAUGGUCCAAUGAGAGUUUACACAUUAUUUCUUCCUAAAGUCACCUGGUGAACCAUUAAGACUGGACAUCAAAUAUGGGAAAUUUUAACAACAUUAAAAGUAAUGUUUUCAUGAUUGAAA